AUGCACACGCAUGCAGACUGCAUCCCAACAGCUGAGAUGCAAGCUAUACAUGAGGAAGGACUACUGACAUCAGUGACCGGCAGUCAAUGUUGAGCCUGGAGUAGUAUGACAAAUACAUUCAUGUUCUGGGUUUGAAUAUUACAAAACAAUCGAACAUAAUGAGAGGGCGUGCGAGUCAUUCAUGACAGGCCGAGUACAUGGUCGUUUGCACGGUACACACAUGCCUUGACUGCAACGAUGUGACUUAGACCUUCAACAUAAAACCUACACACAACAUGGAAGAGGCAGUGAUGACAUUAUGCCAUGUGCACAAACUCAUAUCAAUCUGAUGUUUUAUAGGAGGACCAUCUUUUAGUGCACUUAAUCAUUACAAUGUUUAGAAAGUACCUGUGUUCAAAGUGCGGUGCUGUGGUGGCUGUUUUGACUUGGAGGUGCAGUGACGGAACAAGGAGUGAUGUUCCAAGCAAUGGAUAAGAUUCAAGCGACUGGUCUGGCCCCGGAAACUACGACUCCGGACGGUAUCACAGGGGAAUUCACACCGGGACAACGCGACGAUGCUCUACCCUGUCCCAACAGCUUUAUCACCAUUCGAGUGCUCAGUCGGGGAAUGUUCGGUAAAGUGGAACUCGUAGUAGACAAGAGGUCUGGCAAACGAAUGGUAUUGAAGUACUACGACAAAAUGAGGAUCAGAAUGAAUGAAUUCCUUCGAGAGUUUCAAAUCAGUUGCCGGUUAGCCGUCCAUCCAGCCGUUCUUAUUACUUACGAUAAACCCGUUGAGACUGACAGGGCUUUUAUAUUUGUUCAGGAGUACGCUAAACAAGGGGACCUCCUUGAGGCAAUACCACCACACCAAGGUCUUGAUGAAGAUAGAGCUAAAUCAUGCAUCAGCCAGACUGCCUCUGCAAUCUCCUUCAUGCAUAAGAGGUUCCUCGUACAUGGUAACGUUAAACCAGAAAAUAUCCUUGUGUUUGAUACCAACAUGACUGUGGUUAAACUUUCUGAUUUUAAGAACACACAGAGGCAAGGGGAUACAGUAAAGAAGAAAUGCCCGAAUGUACCGUACACGGCACCAGAGAGUUGCUCCACUGUGAUCAACGAGGGAUAUGUAGCUGACUACGGUCAAGAUGUAUGGUCAUUUGGGGUUCUCUUAUUCUGUGUUUUGACCGGAGCGUUUCCAUGGGGGACCGCCACACCGGAAGACACCUCAUUUCGAAACUUCAGCCAUUGGCAAAAAAGAAGGGUAAACGUGACACCGAUUGAAUGGAGAAAACUCUCGUCUAAGAUGCAGAAACUCUUAAGGAAAAUCUUACAUCCGAAAGCUGAACGCCGCUGCGCUAUCGGUGAGAUAAAUAAAUACAUGAAUGAACAAUGGUUAGAGACAGAGCAAGAACCACCGUCUCUACGUGAGGAGACGUGUAGCUUAGAUAGUACACAAGAGGUUGCAGCUAUGGAUGAAUUGAGACAGAUGUUAGCUCGGCAUGGUGUGGUCACUAACUCUAAUAGCACACAAAAGAUGCAAAGAACUGACGAGUGGGUACAAACAACAUGUAGACAGGCACUCCAUACCACAGUCACCACUGCUUAAACACUAUCAAUACUAACAUCCUUAAAGACAGUGGACACUAUUGGUAAUUGUCAAAGACUAGCCUUCAGAGUUGCUGUAUCUCAACAUAUG